GGCGCAUGUGCAGGGGCUAAUUGCGUUUGCGCCGUAGCUUCGUUUACAUCCACUCUCCUAUAAAACGCCACCAUACCCUUCUCUCUCUUUCCGACUUUUCCCUGAUCAGAUCCUCUCCUCUCUUCCUCUGCUGCUUUGGAUUGUAGGUGAAAAUGGGGCUCACGUUUACGAAGCUGUUCAGCCGUCUGUUCGCAAAGAAGGAGAUGAGGAUUUUGAUGGUCGGUCUUGAUGCCGCCGGUAAAACAACUAUCCUUUACAAGCUCAAGCUUGGAGAGAUCGUCACCACCAUCCCCACUAUAGGUUUCAAUGUUGAAACAGUUGAGUACAAGAAUAUCAGCUUCACUGUUUGGGAUGUUGGGGGUCAGGACAAGAUCAGACCGCUAUGGAGGCACUAUUUCCAAAACACACAGGGACUCAUUUUUGUUGUUGACAGCAAUGACAGAGACCGUGUAGUUGAGGCAAGGGAUGAACUCCACAGGAUGCUGAAUGAGGAUGAACUGCGAGAUGCUGUAUUGCUUGUUUUUGCAAACAAGCAGGAUCUUCCAAAUGCAAUGAAUGCUGCUGAAAUUACUGACAAGCUUGGGCUUCAUUCCCUACGCCAGCGACACUGGUACAUCCAAAGCACCUGUGCCACAUCUGGGGAGGGACUGUACGAGGGGCUUGAUUGGCUCUCAAACAACAUUGCCAACAAGGCUUGAAAUAUCCAAAGACGGUUGGAGAUAUGAUGGUCCUCGCUCAAGUGCAUUUGCUAGCACAACAAUGGAGUUUGAAAACUUUGGCACUGCAGGCUUUCAAUUGUUUCAGUAUUAUUGUGAUGAUAGUUCUUCUCUCCUAUUUACCUUUUCUUAUUUUUUUUUGUGUUUUGUGUUAUAUGGAUUUUUUUUUUUGGCCACCCCCUCUUAGCCUAAGAAUCAUUUGUUGCCGGCAUUAUAGGUGGUUCUGAAGAGAUGGUUGUUUGUGAGUUACUGGAAAUUAGUUCCUUCUA